AUUUUGAAUAUCUUGAAAAGUAAACUUAUCAAACCAUGAAUCAGCAAUUGUUCGACGAUGAUUUUAGAAGAAUGCAAGCAGAACAUGCAAGAUUCAGUGAAGAAAAUGAAAGAAAAAUGAAAGAAAUGCAGGCUGACCAUGAAAACUUUAGCAGAUCUAACAAAUUUGGAUCUUCGAGUGAAGACAUUUCAUCUGAUACAAUGCUUUACAUAAUUCUCAUACCUAUCGGUGCCUGUAUUCUUAUUGGAAUCAUUUCCUUGUGCAUUGUAUUUGGGUGUCGAAUUUAUCAUCGGAGAAGAUACAUGAGAGCUUAUAAUGGUGCUGGAGCAGGAUAUUACAACAAUCCAAAUGAUGCCAAGGUACAAGACAAUAAUACUGGAGCACCUGUGCAGAAUCAGGAAGACAUGGAGAAUCAAAAGAAUAUGGCGCUGGAGCAGCAGCAAAAUGCUGAAAAUAAAAGUGUUAACGGGAAAGAUGAUGAGGUUCCAGUUGUGAAUGCAUAAUAAAUUUUGUGAUUUU